GCGGCGGCCCGCAGCCCCGCAGUUUGCCCUUUCGUCUUCACACUCCUGUUCAGGUCCUAGCGUCUCGGGAUGGCCUCGCAGAACCGCGACCCAGCUGCCGCCAGCGUCGCCGCCGUUCGCAAGGGAGCCGAGCCCAGCGGGGGCGCCGCCCGGGGCCCUGUGGGCAAGAGGCUACAGCAGGAGCUGAUGACCCUCAUGAUGUCUGGGGACAAAGGGAUUUCCGCCUUCCCUGAAUCAGACAACCUGUUCAAAUGGGUAGGGACCAUCCACGGAGCAGCCGGCACAGUAUAUGAAGACCUGAGGUAUAAGCUCUCACUGGAGUUCCCCAGCGGCUACCCGUACAAUGCACCCACAGUCAAGUUCCUCACGCCCUGCUACCACCCCAAUGUAGACACCCAGGGUAACAUCUGCCUGGACAUCCUCAAGGACAAGUGGUCCGCACUCUAUGACGUCAGAACCAUCUUGCUCUCUAUCCAGAGCCUGCUAGGAGAACCCAACAUCGAUAGCCCUUUGAACACACAUGCUGCUGAGCUCUGGAAAAACCCCACAGCAUUUAAGAAGUACCUGCAAGAAACGUAUUCAAAGCAGGUCUCCAGUCAAGAGCCCUGACGCAAGAAGUCCAGCUUCUCUCGUGUGUCGUCUUUUUCCUUAAGUGGUCUGUCCUUUCCUUGAUUUCUAAGCUGUGCUGUUAUUUUUGUUUUAUUCGUUUUUUGUUUUGUUUUUUUUUUAAAUUAAGUCUGCUUGAGCCCUUGCAAUGUAUAUUAAAUAAAUACGUAUUCGUUGUUUUUGUAUAAA